AUGACCGUUCCAUGGAGUUUGCUGUCAAUUCUGGGUUUGAUCUGUUAUUCAGACUCGAGGUGUUCUCCGACAUCUUACUACAAAAACUGCUGGAUCCGCAGGUAUCCAGGACUAUAUGUGGAUAUAGAGGAAUCACAACGGAGAGGAGCACAGAUCCUUAAGGUUUAUCAAGAAGAGACUGCAUUAAAAUGCAGUAGAACAUGCUGCCUGACACGCAACUUCUCCUGCAACCUGGCUGUGUUUCAUUACAACACCACUCAGGACAGUAUUAACUGCUUUCAUCUGCGAUGUCCGACCCUUGAGAGCUGCGUUACACACCACAGAGGAAAUGUCAUCCUCUAUAAUGUUACUAAAGGUGUGGAUCCUGACCUGCUGGUUUUCGGGAAGCACUUUACCACCAACGUGCGUGUGUUGCCUCACAUGUCGUCUUCGCGGCUCAAUGUUUCAGAACCGCUGACCUCUGACAAGCGUCAUUUCAACUAUCCACCCAACCCUCCAGUUCGGUCUGUCAGUCCUGCUUCCACCAUUUCGAAAAAACCCACAACUCCCCAACAAACCACUCGCUUUAUUCCAACUAUGCAUGACAUACAUAAUCACCUUGUUCAAUGUACUACAAAACAGGUAACUACAACAGCUCCAAGCAUUUCAGAAAAAGUUAUACUGACUACUUUGCUGCCUAAAAUGGACUUAAUGCUCAAUUCCGAACAGACUUCUACGUCACAGGGGGCAUCAACAAAUCUGCUUCAUACGACAAGAACCACUGUCAUACCUCAGACAUAUACACGUAGUACAAGCAGUAAUGACACUUUAAACGACCGCAGCAGUCCAAACACAGCCCAACCAAGCUCCACAAUGGCUACUUCGACUCCCGUCCCAAUUACUGAAUCUCAAUCCAUAUCUAUGUCCAGGACCACAACUUCCCAACAACCUUUGGGACUACAAACUACAGCUCAAAGAAGCACUGUCACAAAGACUACAAACUCUUUGAAAACACCUUCUCAAGACACAACACAAUUCAUCCCUCGAACCCUUGAGUAUUCGGAAACUAUGUCGCCAACAACUAUUUUUAAGACAACCUUUGCCCAGACACAACCCAAAGCCUCAACGACCACGAAGUCUGUUAUAGCGACCCCGAUAAUUGCGCCUUCACAAACCAAGAGCCAAAUUACGGUGGUUUUCGAGGCUUCUAAAUCGCCUCUACGAACUACUAUUUCAUCUCAAACAAUUGCUUUCCAACCAAAAGAAACAACUACCAGUGAUACAAGCAGCUUGAAGAUGUCAACCCCCAUUAGCCCAACCAUAACAAAUGACAGUUCAACAACGACAAGACAUUUGACCCAAAGUUUUACCAACACCUUUAGUGGCGAUUCCACAACCAGCAGUUCCACAAGCACCUUAAAGAUCUUGACCGCUAUGAACCCUACAACCACCAUUGAUGCUUCAACAAUGACCAGGCAUUUGACCCAAAGUUUUACGAACACCUAUAGAAGUGAUUCGGCAGCCACCAGUUACACUAGCACCUUAAAGUUGUCAACCACCACCAUCCCAACAAUCGCCAUUGAUGCUUCAACAACGACCAGACAUCUGACCCAAAGUUUUACCAACACGUAUAGGGGCGAUUCAGCAACCACAAAUUACCCUAGCACCUUAAAGUUGUCAACCACCACCAUCCCAACAAUCGCCAUUGAUGCUUUAACAAUGACCAGACAUCUGACCCAAAGUUUUACCAACACUUAUAGGAGUGAUUCGCCAACCACCAUUUACACUAGCACCUUAAAGAUGCCAACUCCCAGCAGCCCAACAACACCCCUCGAUGAUUCAAGAACCACCAGACAACUGAACCUAAGCAUUUCACAAACCCUAAUGGGUGAAUCCGCAACCACAAACAGUUUGGGUUCCUCUUUAACUGCCCCUACCAGCAGCAUGGUUGACAGCCAACCAUACUCCAAUGACACCAAGGGUUACAUCAGUUGGAAUAUUACAACUGGUGAUGCCCCUCGACCUGGUGGGGAUGGAAGUUUGACAUCGGUUUGGCAUUUAGCGGCUUACACUGUACUGGUGGCCUUCGCUACCUGUGCGACCAUAACGUUUGGCUGUUGUUGUUCCGUGUUUGUAGCUCUGGGCUGGAGGGGUCGUAAAAGACGGAAGGGCAGGUAUAGGACAAAUCUGAGGGGCAAAAGAGGCUCUAUGCGACUCAUCAAAUAUGUAAUUGUAAGAGAGAGCUCGUAGAACUGGUUGAUUUCAUGGUCAUGUUUCGUAGAUGCUGCUAAAGUUUAAUAAUUUGGUUUAGGUCAAACUAAAGGUAAGAACUGAAAAUGGGAGUUUUAAAGAUUAUAGUGGGAUCAUUUUCAAAACUACCUGAAAGAACAAGGCAUUUGGUCAGUUUCUGAUUUGUUUUGUAUGAUCAAACUGGGUCCACUAAACACCUUUACACUUAUGUGCCAUAUAUGGACUUGAAGAAUGACAACAUAGUCUUAUGACAGCUUGCAAUAAUUCAUACGAGAUGGCGAAAUCGUAAAACAUUGUGUGACUUGGUUCAUAUGAAAAGGUACGAUUUUUGUUCCCAUUGAGACUAAUCAACAAACAGAUUUUAAAAUCGAUACAAUACAGGCAUCCAAUUUUAGCUAGCUGAAUUUUCACUAGUGACGAAUUAGGAAAAAUUGUAAGAUGCGUUCAAAACCCCAAUGUUUCUUUCUUCUAUAUUUAAAUCAUGAUUAGGUUUAGGUUUGGAUUAGGUGAUAAACUUCAUAAUAACAUUGUUUCAUUUGUGUUUCCCUAAUGGAGCACAACUAGUACGAUUUCGCCAUCUCAUACAAUUACAACGUAUUAUGACUUGUCAUAAGACCGAGAUGAGAGUAAACUUCAAUGUCUAGGAUUCAAAUAACUAUUAUUCAAAUCAUACUUUUAAAAACCAAACCAUUUACAAAUAUUAAUUUUUCUGUUUUAAAGAUUUCUGUGGUCAGACACUGCAUAAUGUCCAUACCUUUUUAAAAUUGUAACUUUUCUACAAUUUAUAAGAUCUUGCUUUAUAAAGUGAACCAAUGAAUGUAUGCAUUUUUCAGAAGUAUUGGUGAAGAAUUGGUUUUCUUGGACAGUCUUCGUCAUGUAACACAUACCUUUAUAAUGUAAUUAAAAAGAUGUAUUAUAAUUUAAAUAUGCCUUUACAAAUGUCACAUAUCCGAUUGUAUUCUUGGUAAAUUGCUUAAAAUGACUUUGUCUUCAAUAAGACACAAAUGGAGAAGUUUAACAGAAUUUCCAAGCUGCUCGUUGCCAUACUACAUACUGUAACUGAAUGGGUAUGGAUGGUGUCAAGCUACAAAAAAGCACUAUAAAGGUAUCAAAGAAGUAAUCCAUACGAUUUGCUUACUAUUUUCCAAGUGAGUACACCAGACUGAUCUCACUGUAAAUUUGACAACAGUAGGUCAAAAGUUCUGCUGCUAAAAUCAGUCUGUGCUUACCAAAAUUCGUAUCACUGCCCCUAGUGGCCGAAGAUGGAAGUAUU